CUUAAAACGAAACCGAAACUGAAACAGGCCAGGCAUAAAAAACAUGUCAAUAAAGCAUUCAGGUGGCUGUCAUUGUGGCGCGUUGAGGUUCGAGGUCGAUGCACCCGCAAAUCUUCAUGUUUACCGUUGCAACUGCAGCAUUUGUAAGAAGAAGCAAAAUGACCAUUUUAUUGUGCCAGCCUCCAAGUUUAAACUUUUGCAGGGAGCAGACAACAUAGCGACGUACACAUUCAACACCCAUCAAGCUAAACACACCUUCUGCAAGACAUGUGGCGUCCAAUGCUUCUACACUCCUCGGUCGAACCCCGACGGCGUGGGUGUGACGCCACACAGCCUUGACCCUGGGACCGUUGAGAGUGUCAAAGUGGAGGAAUUUGAUGGUGAAAACUGGGAAACACAUAUCCAGACCACAGACAUCCAGGAACGAUCUAAGGAAUGACUGACUAGUGCAAGAACAAUGUUAUACUUGUUGAUCUGGGGUGGUAUUCAAUAUAUAACUUAAGUCAAUCGUAUGAUCGUUCAUCAUUGACUCCAUUCACUGUAUAGAUCCGUUAGAAUUCGCGGACAGGCUUUGUAUUUCUAAAUAUUGAAACAUAUUUAUGGAAUAUAAGGUUAAUUAUCAUUUCAGAGUCAUUUUAAGACUACGAUUAUGUUGAUAUGCCUUUGUCGUAUUCAAGUUUUCUCUUGGAAAGUUCUACACAGUUUGAAUGUUCUCAUAAGCUUUCGAAGGGUGUGACAAUAUCAUGGGCAGAAACAUUAACGGUAAAAUAAUACGUUUAAGUGACAUUCUUAUUUAAAAUCAAUACAUACACAUGUAAAAAACAUUAAUUUUGAGUGAUAAACUCAUAACUACUUACUUAAUAAUGCAUUUAUGGAAAAUAUUUGAUUACUGAUAACAAAAUUUGUAAAGGUGUAUUUAAUAGCAGAAAGCGCAAAAAUAUGAAAUGAUUGGUGAAUGCUAAAAGAUUAACUGUGAUCUACUAUCGUCUCAUAAAGUAGAAAUACCGUGUUUUCUGCACCUUUAUUUCAAAUUAAACGCCAUAUCCUUUAUAAGAAUCUUUUUCCCGACAUUUAUUUAUCCUUUUUGGUAUAUUAAAACAUUGAUUUAAAUUGUGGUAAAUCUUAUUAGGGAGUAAGAGUGCAUCUUUAACUAUGUUGCAAAAUACUUGUAACGAAAUGUCUUGAGGUAAAUAAUUGAAUUUAUCUCUUACAAUUA